GUUCUCCUCUGUGGCAGAGCCCAUUCAGGCUGCUCUGUCCAGAGCGGCUAUCCCCCAGUAUGCCGAGCUGCACAGAGGUGGAGCCGGGGACGGAGGCCCCAAGUGGCCUGAAGAGGAGGGCAAGACCGGCUAUUCAGCCACGGCGGCGUCGCGGUGCCCCCGACACUGGCGACCGGCGCAACGCGCGGGAGAGGGACCGGGUGCGACUGGUCAACCUGGGCUUCGCCAACCUGCAGCGGCAUGUGCCCCAGCAUGGGGCAGGCAAGAGGAUGAGCAAAGUAGACACACUGCGAUCAGCAAGUGACUAUAUCCGGAGGUUGGAGCUGCUGCUGAGGGAACCAGAAGCUGGAGACACCCUGCGAUCUGUCACCUCAGCGCCGGUCAGUGAGUCGCCCUCCGAGUCCUCCCCCUCUGACUCAUCCUCAUCCGACUCCCCCCGCUCCUCCUAUGCUUUGGGGGACUUCUCCCACUCUGUACAUGAUCUUGUGGCCUACAAGGAAUGGCUGACAAUCGAGUGA